AUGUCCAACGGAACCAGGAAAGCACCUGUCACAUUGUCGCCCUCGAGGCUGGCACAUGUGGUUUUGCGUACAAGCAACCUCAAAGAGAUGUCUCCAUUCUACAAGACAUUUUUGGGUGGAGAAGCCCAGGUUGAGAGCGAUCAGGUCGCUUUCAUUACCUACGACGAUGAGCACCACCGCCUCGCCCUCGUUCAGCGGUCAGAUCUACAAAAGCUGCCACCAAAGUCCUGUGGCCUCGAUCAUGUCGCAUUUGGGUUUGAUAACAUUGAAAGCCUAUUGAAAGCAUACUCGCAGCGCAAGGAGCACGGAGUCACGCCGGUUUGGUGCGUCCACCACGGGCUGACUAUAAGCAUGUACUACCGAGACCCGGAUGGCAACGUGUUGGAAACAUUCGUCGAUGCUUUCGAUGACCCGGAGAAGCAAAAUGCGUAUAUGACGUCGAAAGACUUUGUGGAAAACCCAAUUGGGGUGGAUUUUGACCCUGAAGAUAUGCUGAGACGGGUGCAGAGCGGAGAGUCCAAGGAGAGUAUUCACAAGAGGCCAAAUAUUGGACCUCGGGACCUGAGCACUGUACCCUUAUUUUGA